AUGGAUGAAUGUGUCGAACACGUAGUCUGCGAGCUGUUGGCUCGUCGUGAUACCCUAGACAACUCGCGACGGCUCUUAGUCGGACUUGCAGGUAUCCCCGGCUCUGGCAAGUCUACGUUGGCGUUGCGCAUCGUUCAAGCUAUAGAACAACAGCGAAGUGGCUGUUGCAUAUGUGUCGGCAUGGAUGGCUGGCACUACCCACGCGCUGUGCUGGAUACCUUUGAGGAUCCUGCGGAGGCGCAUCAUCGCCGUGGUGCUGCCUUUACCUUUGAUGCAGACGGCUUCGUUGCUUUUGCGAAGCGGCUUCGUAAUGACCAAAACACCACGAUCAAAGCGCCUUCAUUCUCCCAUGAGCUCAAAGAUCCUGUGCCUGACGGUAUUACGAUCUUGCCUACCCAUUCCAUCGUCCUGGUCGAGGGCCUGUAUUGUUGCUUAGACGUGGCGCCAUGGCGCGAGGCUGCUGCAUGCUGGGACCUGCGCUAUAUACUUCAAGUGCCUCGCAACGUUGCGCGCAGUCGAGUCAUUCUCCGGCAUGUCCUAGCUGGGAUCUGCGCCAAUGAGGAGAGUGCAACUCAUCAAGGUACGUAUGGCAACAUAGUUUUGACAUUACCAGCGGAUACCAAUGAUGUUCUCAAUGGCGACUGGAUUUUGGCACACUUGUAUCAGCCAAGCACUCCUAUUACAAUCACAUAG